AUGGGAAUCAAAUAUCUCAAAUUUUUACGUGGAGCAUUGAGGGAAAUGGGCAAUGUAGGAGAAAAUAAGAUUGGUCGAUUAGUGCCUUCGCGGUGCAGACAAUACUUUCACGGAUUAGGUAGAGCUAUGGCAUCGGUGUUGCGGUCCACGAAGGGUUUGGUAGCGGUGGUGACUGGUGGAGCCUCUGGUCUUGGACGUGGCACCGUUCAAACGCUUGCCAAAGCAGGCGCUAACGUCGCUAUUCUCGACCUGCCAUCAUCGAAAGGCGCGGAUGUGGCCAAAGAACUUGGAUCAAAUGUCAUCUUCGCUCCUACCAAUGUUACCUCUGACACUGAAGUAAAGGCGGCUUUUGACGCUGUCAAGGACAAGUUUGGACGCUGCGAUGCGGUAGUGAACUGUGCUGGAAUCGCGUUUGCAUUCAAGCUGUACAGUGUUAGCAAGAAAAAGAUGUCAGAUUUGGAUAAGAUCCAAAAGACAAUUGAUGUGAACGUGAUGGGGACCUUCAAUGUAAUCCGACAUGGUGUUGCGCUUAUGGGUGAGAAUGAGAAAGAUGAUGCUGGACAACGAGGUGUAGUUGUCAGUACCGCGUCUGUUGCUGCUUUUGAUGGACAAACCGGACAAUCCGCAUAUUCUGCAUCCAAAGGAGCCAUCGUAGGAAUGACUUUACCCUUAGCGAGAGAUUUUGCUGAUGAUGGAAUUCGUUUCAUGACAAUAGCGCCAGGACUGUUCAACACUCCACUUUUAGCAGCGCUUCCAGAAAAGGUGAAAACUUUCUUGUCUCAACUUAUUCCUAAUCCAUCUCGGAUGGGAAGCCCAGAAGAGUACGGUGCACUUGUGCAACACAUCAUCCAAAAUCGUUAUCUCAACGGCGAGGUGAUUCGCCUCGAUGGAGCACUGCGAAUGCCCCCGUAAGCUCACCGCUAUCAUCUCACUUACUUACCUCACCAGGAAUUUUAUCGCCUUUUAUGUUUUAUAUAUUUGGUACUUGGUUUGUUUUAUUAGAACGAAAUUGACAGGUUUCAAUUAUUUGUAUACGUUGUGCCUCUGAUAAAGAUCUUUCAUAGGAA